AAUAAAAAAAUUGAUUUCUCCAUUGUUAAAGUCGCAGGUGUUUCUUCAAAAAAAUAGAAAUAACCGUGUUAUCAAAGUCUAAUCAGUGUUGUUAAAUUUGCAGUUUAUAAAAUGGGUGACGGCCAAAGUGAAAAUCAACCCCUAUUAGGGGAUGAGGAGGAGGUGAAUGUGGUGAGCACGAUAUCGCCGAUCGGUCCCGACGAGCUCCCUCCGCCUUACCAGCAAGCGGGAAUGCCCUUGGUGACGUGCCGCGUAUGCCAGGCGUUAAUCGAUAUAUCCGGGAAGCGGGAGCAACACGUCGUGAAAUGCGUCGCGUGCAACGAAGCCACGCCUAUAAGGAACGCGCCACCAGGCAAAAAGUACGUGCGAUGCCCGUGCAACUGCUUGCUGAUAUGCAAGUCGUCAUCACAGCGCAUCGCGUGCCCGCGCGCAGACUGCAAGCGCAUCAUCAACCUGGCGCCCUCGCCCGUCACGCCGCCCGUGCCCACGCUGCCGGGCAUGUGCCGCGUCGUGUGUGCGCACUGCCAGGACACAUUCUUGUACCAGUUGCUGAAGAACGCGCCGGUGCGAUGUCCGCACUGCCGUAAGGUGUCGUCGGUAGGCCCGCGCAUGGCGCGCCUGCGCGGCUGCAUCUUCGCCGUGCUUGCGCUCAUCGUGCUCGCCAUCGCGCUCGGCGUCACGCUCGGCACGCUCGCCGCCGCCAAAAGCCACGGCACCGGGAUAUAUGUAGCCUACGUCGGCGCUUUCCUACUCGCCUUCGUCCUGUUCAGUCGAGCCGUGUACUACUUUGCCAUGAAAGUCAGCACCAUCGAGGGCCCCAUGUAGAACUCGCACUGAGCGUGAUGAAUUUGUGAUAACC